GCCAGGACAAAGGCGGCAUCCCAAAUUGCACCCUAGCAGACUUCAAAUGCGUCACUUCGGCACUUGAAAAGCGUUCAAUCUCACUCUCGGUGAGGGCGCCUGUGUAGGGAGUGAGAACUCGAUUCGGCUUGAGCCGGUGUGUAAUACCGAACUGUGGUCAAGGAGUCCGAAUGCGAACUAGCUGGGGCCACUAAUACGUAGUUUGAACUUCGCAAAUUGAAUAUAUUUGAAGUUUUUGUGUAGGUGUGACUUGUAAAAUAAAUUCGCGAUGCUUAAAAGGAGAAUAUCUACACCGGGACAGUUUUAAUAGAGGUCUGCCAAGCUCAAAAAUCACCAAACAACCGCUACAUUGGAGACCUCUCUCUGCAGGCCCCGCCCAACAGCAAUGGCUGACGGGCAGACAGCCAGUGAGCUCCCAGAAUGCCCGACGGAGGGUGCUGAGGAUCAAGACGUUCACGCGAAACCUGAAGUCCCGUCGUCUAGCUCUUCUGUAACCGAGGAGCCGAGCAGCUCGCAGAGCUCCUCCAAACAGCCGUCCCCUGGUCUCCUCUCCAUGCCCUGCCUGCUGCAGGAGCUGCGUCGUGACUCCUCAGCCGAGCCUCUGCCACCAGAAACCAGCACCACUCCCGCCGUCGCACAACUCCGCCCGCAGGAGGACAGCGACUCCUCGGCCUGCCUACGCUCACCCUCCUCAUCUGGUCACCUCGGCGAUUCGGAUACUCUCUCCUCGGCUGAAGGCGAGGACGUGGAGCUGGUUGAUACUGACCUUGCACCCUCCUCCCAGACUGACCCCCUGACAGCCCCCAGGAAGUCGUCACGACGCCUGCGCUCGGAGAGCGACGCGUCCGCUGGGCUUGGCAUGGCUGCCAAGAAGAACCGCUGCCAGGAGAGGCAGGCGAACGGCGGGAAGGUCCGAGCGCGGGGCCAACGCAGCCAGAGACAGAAAGAGAGAAUGCGGCUGCUAAGGCAGAAACGGGAGGCAGUGGCCAAGCGCAAGCCACGCCUACUGCAGGACAGCAGCACUAGUGACAGCGAUGCCACCGCACAGUCUUCAUCAACGGACUCAUCAGAUAACGAGGGAGAUACGGUCUUGCAUCCGCCAGUUGGGCCUGCAGUCAUUGGGCACUAUGAUGUGUCAGACACAAACUCUGAACGAGAACAGCAACAGCCGCACAUUCUCUCAGGUCCGGUAGCGGUGGAACCUCCUCAGGUGAGCCUGGCCUUGUCUGACAGUGAGGUGGAGAUCGUCGGCGUACAGGAGAAUCCAAGGUUUCCAAGAGGUGGAGUCAUUCAGUCCCUGUCGGCAUGGAAGCAGUCGAUGAUGCCGUCCUGGACCGCGGUCUCAGCUCAGCCAGAUUGGGCUCCGCCCACCGAGGUGGUGGAUCUGACACUGGACGAGGACAGGCACAGAUACCUACUGUGAUCUUUUACACUAUGCACUCAUACACAUCACGUCUGCUCGAGUGUUUUAAAGCAUUCAGAAUUUUUCCCCUUUAUUAGUUUGGUGACGUUUUAGAGAAAAUCAUGUUUUUAAAUGGUUUGGUGAGACAAUCUGAGCUGAAUCUGAACUGAAGCAUCAGUGUUACAAUUCUUUGGACAUGCACAAGAAUGCCGUGUGUGUAUCCUGAUUAUGUAACCUCGACUUCCUCUUGUAUGAUUAGAGCAAUACUAUUUUUAAAUAAGAGCUUACUUCUAAUAGAAGUCAAAGGUCUGUCGGGAUUUAAUACCUUUUUGCUGUGCUCAAAUCCUGUUUAUUCAUAUCCAAACUUCAUAGCUGAGCCCUAGUCCACACUAACAUUAGUGUUUCGGCUUUUAAUUUACUCUAAAAUACAAUUUUAAACCACCACUUCUUUUCAAAUCCGCUCUUCAGGGCAGAUGAAUCAAAAAAGCAGUUUUGUGUGGAUGGAAGAAAAUCCGAGCUUUGGCAAAACAUUCACACGUAACUCCCAAUUCCAUUCUGUAGUGUAUUUGAGGUUGCCAGGUUGGGUAAUAUUCACGUAAUCUACACCUGUUUAGACUCUGCGCAUAACGAACUAUAAUGAAAAAAAGCACAAAACUGAGGAACUCCUUAGUACUAUAGCCAGCAGAUCUCUUUUGGGCGUACAGAGCUGUAUACACAGUGCACUAAAAAUUCAAUCCCACCGUGAACCUAAGAGCUUUUUUGUAAUUGUUUUGGACUAAAAUGCUUGAUAAUGCAUUUGUUUUUCUAAAACUUUGUGGCACUGAUUAUUUAUUGCCGCGACUGGGCAUUGCAAUAACACCUCGGAACGUACUGAUAGUGGCUCCUGAGUGGAAAACCGUAUGAGCGAUCAAGUGCACGUUACUGAGAAUAAGGUUGUGAAACGGUGUUAAUCUCAGCCUUGUUUAUGCUUCGCUUCUGUCUACAUCAUAUAAACAGUUUGGCUAAUUGGCUGCACUUCGUGACAAACUGUGACAAGCGGUAAAUCUGCACAGUGUGUGGUGCUUAAGGUACACUAUAUUGCCAGAUGUAUUCGCUCGUCAGUUUUCACACGCAUAUGAUCUUGAGUGACGUCCCGUUCUUAAUCCAUAGGGUUUAAUAUGAUGUGGGCCCACCCUCUGCAGCUAUAACAGCUUCAACUCUUCUGGGAAGGCUUUCCACAAGGUUUAGGUAGGAGUGUGUUUAUGGGAAUUUUUGACCAUUCUUCCAGGAGCACAUUUAUGAGGUCAGACACUGAUGCUGGACGAGAAGGCCUGGCUCACAGUCUCCGCUCUAAUUCAUCCCAAAGGUGUUCUAUCGGGUUGAGGUUAGGACUCCCCCCUCCACCAAACUUUACACCUGGUACAAUGCAGUCAGACAAGUACCGUUCACCUGGCAACCGCCAGACCCAGACUCGUCCAUCGGAUUGCCGGACGGAGAAGCGUGAUUCGUCACUCCGGAGAACACGUCUCCACCGCUCUAGAGUCCAGUGGCGGCGUGCUUUACACCACUGCAUCCGACGCUUUGCAUUGCGCUUGGUGAUGUAAGGCUUGGAUGCAGCUGCUCGGCCAUGGAAACCCAUUCCAUGAAGCUCUCUACGCACUGUUCUUGAUCUAUGUUCCUCAGCAUCCGCUGACCCCGCUCUGUCAUUUUUACGUGGCUACCACUUUGUGGUUGAGUUGCUGUCGUUCCCAAUCGCUUCCAGUUUGUUAUAAUACCACUGACGGUUGACUGUGGAAUAUUUAGUAGCGAGGAAAUUUCACCACUGGACUUGGUGACCUAUCACGGUACCGCGCUGGAAUUCACUGAGAUCCUGAGAGCGACCCAUUCUUUCACUAAUGUUUGUAGAAGCAGUCUGCAUGCCCAGGUGCUUGGUUUUAUACACCUGCGGCCAUGGAAGUGAUUGGAACACCUGAAUUCAAUGAUUUGGAUGGGUGAGUGAAUACUUUUGGCAAUAUAGUGUAUCCAACUCACUUUAUAUAACACUUUGUGAACCACAAUGGGAGGAAGAUAAACAGAAAAGAAAGAAUGCCUUUAUUUAUCAUUAUACAUAUACAGGCGUACAGUACAACUAAUUUAUUUUUUUUACAUAUGCCAGAUUGUUUGGAAGCUGGGGUCAGAGCGCAGGGUCAGCCACUGUACGGCCCCCCUGAAGCCGAAAGGGUUAAAGGCCUUGCGCAAGGGCUCAACAGAAUCCAGGCUGCAUGGCCGAGCCUGGAUUCAAACUCUCAACCUUUCGAUUAAUAGCCCAAAGCUCUACCAACUAGGCUACCAAUGACACUGAGUAUAAUCCGUUUUGUAUUUUGUUUUGAUGCAUUGUUUGUGUUGCCUGGGUCGGGGUAAGAUCCUGGAUCCUGGAUUCAGAUUGGUCAAACUGCAGCAUCAUGCCAAACAUGAGGAAAGUGCUGUAUUGGUAUGUUAUGCCUAUUUUGCAGUUGAUUUACUGUUUUUUAAACAUCUGUGUUAAUGUGGAUUAGGUCUGAUUCAGUUCUCAAAAUCACUGUUAGAGAGCCACAUACUGUGACAUGUCAUUUUUACACGUGCACUGAAACGACCCCUUUUCCAACCAUUUCAAUCAAGACUACCGGGUUCAUUGGUGAAUGUUGUUGGUAGUCAUGAACAAUUACACACAGAUGCUUGCUGUUAGCCUCAGGUAUCUUUGACCCUUUGCUGUAACUUGCUGCUUUCUGAACUCGUAGUGUAAAAAUGUCACAGGUUUUAAGGCAUUGAAAAUGCCUGAUUUUUGUGUGUGCGCGCCUCUGUGUGUGUGUGAAAGAGAAACGUCUUCACUAUUAAACUAAUCAGUGCUGCUGCCUGGUGAAAGCG